AUGUCGGGUCACUCUGGUGGUAUUCGUUCCGGUACUAGAUAUGCCUUCUCUCGCGACUUCCGCAAGAAGGGUAUGAUCGCUUUGUCUACCUACCUCAAGGUUUACAGAGUCGGUGACAUCGUCGACAUCAAGGCCAACGGUGCCGUCCAGAAGGGUAUGCCCCACAAGGUCUACCACGGAAAGACCGGUGUCGUCUACAACGUCACCAAGUCUGCCCUCGGUGUCAUCAUCUACAAGAAGGUCGGCAACCGCUUUAUCGAGAAGCGCGUUAACGUUCGCAUCGAGCACGUCAACCACUCCAAGUGCAGAACCGAGUUCGUCAACCGUGUCAAGGCCAACGCCGAGAAGAAGCGCCAGGCCAGGGAACAGGGCACCCACAUUCACUUGAAGAGGCAGCCCGUCCAGCCCCGUGAGGAGCGCACCGUCUGUGCCAAGGACAACCUUCCCGAGACCGUUACCCCCAUCCCAUACGAGACCACCAUCUAA